GGAUGAAAGUGUGCUAGUUGCAGAAAAUACUGGGGUGCUGAGACAGCCAAAACACCAGAGGGGCUGGAAGAUGUGUUACCAGGAGCAGAGUGUCUAGAGCAAAAAAGUGACAGUCCAUUUCUGUCAGGGUCGAACCUUUGAGGAGACCUCUGAACACAAACCGAGAGGGGCAUGGAGAAAGCAGAGUUAAUACUCAGGAGUCCACCCGGAGCAGGGGUAUUGGCUGGAGAUGGUCUCUUGUUAGGUGGUGUCUUCUCUUAAGACCACCCAAGUGCAUGGUGGCCUCUAUCUAGAAGCUCGGCUGGGCUCUCCUUGGGCCACAGGAGCAGGGUUGCUGCAGCAUGGAGUGGGGGAAGCUGUGGGGAUGGUCUCCCCACCCCUGAGAGGGGUUGGUUGCCUGGGAAAAUAAGGAGUGAACUCCCUCUGGCAGGAGAGUGACAGGGGCCAGAUGGUGUCUGAAACCCAUUGAGGCUCACCUGCACCCCUUUAACUGGAGCAUCUGCCCUGUGACUGUGUUCCUGUUCCAGCCAUGAAUGCUCACCCCAAGGAGAUGGUGCCCCUUAUGGGCAGGAAAGCCAUGGCCCCCAGUGGGAACCCUGCCGUCCUACAGGAGAAGAGGCCUGCAGAGCUCACCCCUACCAAGAAAAGUGCACACUUCUUCCUGGAGAUAGAAGGGUUUGAGCCCAACCCCACCAUCUCCAAGACCUCGCCCCCCAUCUUCUCCAAGCCCAUGGACUCCAACAUCCGCCAGUGCAUCUCUGGCAACUGUGAGGACAUGGACUCCCCUCAGUCUCCCCAGGAUGACGUGACAGAGACCCCGUCCAAUCCCAACAGCCCGAGUGCAAACCUGGCCAAGGGAGAGCAGAGGCGGAAGAAGAAGAGGCUGAAGAAGCGGAUCUUUGCUGCCGUGUCCGAGGGCUGUGUGGAUGAGCUAGUGGAGCUGCUGGUGGAGCUGCGGGAGCUGUGCCGGAGGCGCAGUGACCUGGACGUGCCUGACUUCCUCAUGCACAAGCUGACGGCCUCGGACACAGGGAAGACCUGCCUGAUGAAGGCCUUGUUAAACAUCAACCCCAACACCAAGGAGAUUGUGCGGACCUUGCUCGCCUUCGCUGAGGAGAAUGACAUCCUGGACAGGUUCAUCAACGCAGAGUACACGGAGGAGGCCUACGAAGGGCAGACGGCGCUGAACAUCGCCAUCGAGCGGCGUCAGGGGGACAUCGCCGCGGUGCUCAUCGCUGCCGGCGCCGACGUCAACGCCCACGCCAAGGGUGUCUUCUUCAACCCCAAGUACCAGCACGAAGGCUUCUACUUCGGUGAGACACCCCUGGCCCUGGCAGCGUGCACCAACCAGCCCGAGAUUGUGGAGCUGCUGAUGGAGAACGAGCAGACGGACAUCGCCUCGCAGGACUCACGGGGCAACAAUAUCCUGCACGCACUGGUGACGGUGGCUGAGGACUUUAAGACACAGAAUGACUUUGUGAAGCGCAUGUAUGACAUGAUCCUUUUGAGGAGCCGCAACUGGGAGCUGGAGACCACGCGCAACAACGAAGGCCUCACUCCACUGCAGCUGGCAGCCAAGAUGGGCAAGGCCGAGGUCCUGAACUACAUCCUCAGUCGUGAGAUCAAGGAGAAGCCGCUCAGGAGCCUGUCCCGGAAGUUCACCGACUGGGCGUAUGGGCCCGUGUCGUCCUCGCUCUAUGACCUCACCAACGUGGACACCAUGACAGACAACUCGGUGCUGGAGAUCAUUGUCUACAACACCAACAUCGAUAACCGGCCCGAGAUGCUGACCCUGGAGCCUCUGCACACGUUGCUGCAUAUGAAGUGGAAGAAGUUUGCCAAGUACAUGUUUUUCCUGUCCUUCUGCUUUUAUUUCUUCUACAACAUCACCCUAACGCUUGUCUCAUACUACCGCCCACGGGAGGAGGAGGCCCUUCCACACCCCUUGGCCCUGACACACAAGAUGGGGUGGCUGCAGCUCUUAGGAAGGAUGUUUGUGCUCAUUUGGGCCAUGUGCAUCUCUGUGAAAGAGGGCAUUGCCAUCUUCUUUCUGAGGCCCUCGGAUCUGCAGUCCAUCCUCUCAGAUGCCUGGUUUCACUUUGUCUUUUUUAUCCAAGCUGUGCUUGUGAUACUGUCUGUCUUCUUGUACUUGUUUGCCUACAAAGAGUACCUCGCCUGCCUCGUGCUGGCCAUGGCCCUGGGCUGGGCGAACAUGCUCUACUACACGCGGGGGUUCCAGUCCAUGGGCAUGUACAGUGUCAUGAUCCAGAAGGUUAUUUUGCAUGAUGUUCUAAAGUUCUUGUUUGUAUAUAUCCUGUUCCUUCUUGGAUUUGGAGUAGCCCUGGCCUCGCUGAUCGAGAAGUGUUCCAAGGACAACAGCAACUGCAGCUCCUACGGCAGCUUCGGUGACGCGGUGCUGGAACUCUUCAAGCUCACCAUAGGCCUGGGUGACCUGAACAUCCAGCAGAACUCCAAGUACCCCAUCCUCUUUCUCUUCCUGCUCAUCACUUACGUCAUCCUCACCUUCGUCCUCCUCCUCAACAUGCUCAUCGCCCUGAUGGGAGAGACUGUGGAGAAUGUCUCCAAGGAGAGUGAGCGCAUCUGGCGCCUACAGAGAGCCAGGACGAUCUUGGAGUUUGAGAAAAUGUUACCAGAGUGGCUGAGAAGCAGAUUCCGGAUGGGAGAACUGUGUAAAGUAGCAGAGAACGAUUUCCGACUCUGUUUGCGGAUCAAUGAGGUGAAGUGGACGGAAUGGAAAACUCACGUCUCCUUCCUUAAUGAGGACCCAGGACCUGUGAAACGGACAGCAGAUCUCAACAAAAUCCAAAAUUUGUCCAGGAGCAACAGCAAAACCACUCUCAAUGCGUUUGAUGAAAUAGAUGAAUUUCCAGAAACUUCAGUGUAGAAGGAGAACCCAGAACUGGUGGACGUGUGGGCUGCCUGAUGCCUCAGCCUGAGUCCUGGACUUCGUAUUGAGGGGCUUCUCAGCAUGACUAGAGCCUGGCUUUGCCUACUUAGAAGCUGAACACACCCUCAUGCUGGGUAGGUGACUGAACUGAGCUGAGAUGCAGGUGUCAGUUUGAAUGGAAAACAUCCUGGAUUUUGUUACUCUGCAAAGAGUCCGUGUAAACCCAUGGCCAGAAGUCCUGGGCCUGGGAGUCUCCUGAAGUCCUGGGUGAGGUUCCUGAUUUCGCCAAUUGUAGGUUUGCUUGGCUGGGACAAAGGGGUGGUGGGGAAGGGGUAGUGGUCGGAGGAGCAGGGACAGGAGUCUUUCCUCCUGCAAUCUCUCCUUGACAGCCCCUGCACCACCUCAACUCCACCUCACACUUGCCACCAUCUGCCCUCUUGUGACUGGGUUGCUUGAAUUUGUGGGAGACUCUUGAUCCCAUCCCAGAAUGUUCAAGGGGCUGAGCUAAGCAGAACAUCUUGGGAGAGGAGGGGCAUGAGCUAUGGAAAUGCCCUUCAGGAACCUUCAGAGAACAGGAACCACCCUUGGAAUGAGGGUGCCCUUGGUACCCUGUCUUGGUUAUCUAGUGCUGCCGUAACUGAAGUGCCACAAGUGGAUGGCUUUAACAAAGAGAAACUUAUUUUCUCAUAGUCUAGUACUCUAGAAGUCCGAAUUCAGGGCAUCAGCUCCAGAGGAAGGCUUUCUUUCUCUGUUGGCUCUGGAGGAAGGUCCUUUUCAUCAGUCUUUCUCUGGACUAGGAGCUUCUCCUCGCAGGAACCCUAGGAGCUUCUCUGUGUAGGUCCAAAGGACGUGCUCUGCUCCUGGUGCUGCUUUCUUGGUGGUAUGAGGUACCCCUGUCUCUCUGCUCAAGUCUCUCUUUUAUAUCUCAAAAGAGAUUGGCUCAAGACACAAUCCAAUCUUGUAGAUUGAGUCCUGCCUCAUUAACAUAACUUCCACCUAUCCCCCUUCAUAACAUCACAGAAGUAAGAUUUAUAACACAUACGAAACUCACAUCAGGUGACAAAAUGGUAGGCAAUCACACGAUAAUGGCCUGGUCGAACUGAUACACAUAUUUUGAGGGGGACACAAUUCAAUCCAUGACAUACCCCAAGGCUCAAACUGUUUCACAAUGAGGAACGUUUUUAGUAGUGGAAUUAACACAGAGAUUUUAUUUUCAAUAUAGAAAAGACAUUUCAGUUUUGAAUGAAAAUCACUUCAGAUGAAGCAUGUGCUUUUUAAAAGUUGAGAAAUAGAUUUUGGGCUUUUGGGCUGGAUGUAAGUAUUUUAUACUUGGCCUCAGGUUGGCCACCACAAGGAUAAAAAGCUUUUCUUUAUACACAUAAAAGUCCAUGUGGAAUAUGUCAGGUAGGUCCCAUCUGGCUGCUGUGAUGUGGGUGAAAGGGCUUGACUCUUUUCCUUGUCCCAGUCUUGCAAUAAUGCAUGCCUCUGAGCUGGAACAGUUGCUUCAUCUGAAACACAAGUAGCAGAUGAUCUAUUUAUAUGGUUUUAAACCCCAGAGGUUACUAUCAUACAUCAGUACUUCUCAUUAGGGGAAUUUAACAAAAUACCUAAAAUUCUGAUAUGCAAUAUUUUUGGUUAACUCUGAAUUUUGUAGCUGAAAGGGGAAGGCUUGUGAGAGAAGAAUGUUUGCCAAGACUUGGGGCUUGUUUUUAGAUCCUCAUCCUCUUGUUUUCUUCCCUCCCAGAAAUUAAAUAAGAGUUGUUUGGGGGCAGAGGUGAUGUGGAAAGUCGAGGUAAUUUUCUAAAUAACUGGAGCCUAAACAGCCAGAAAGUCCACUCUGCGUCAGUUAUCUGGUGAAAGGAUUCAUGUGAGAAUUUUUGAGGUGGAAUUAUAAAAUUAUAAUCUUAAUUUUAAAUGACACAAAAAUAAAUUUGGCCCUUAGAUACUUGGCAGUUGGCUAGUUCAUAUGAGUUGAGGCAAACUGAGGAGUCCAGGCCAAGCAGUUCACUCUGGGUGCUGGGUUAACUUGAUGGGUAGAAACUUGGCCUUCAUGACUCUGAUGGGUCCAUGUGUUAGAGGCCCCACUUCCCUGCUCGGUUGGGGAGAACUGGGGUGUGUAAAGGGUGCAGCCUCCUACACUCCCAGCUGACCUACCGAGCCAACUAGUGCUGUAAACUGUAGUGGGCAGACCAAGCUUAAAUGUGAGCAGGAUAGAAGGGGCUAAGGAUGUGCCAUCUGGAGAAAGAAGAUUUUGGUGGGGGGGGCGGGGGGGAGGAUCUGUCAUGGAGGCAGGGGGAGCAGAUGUGAUCCAGAUAGGCAGAACUAGUGCCAAAUGCUGGAAGUUUCAGGGAGCAAGAUUUUGGUUCCAUUCAGUUCGGCAGAUGCUCCAGAUUUUGAAGGUAUUUAAGUGGAAGCUGGUUGAGUAGUUCUUCGGGAUAUUGUUAGAAUCAUAACUGGAUGAACUUUAUGGUCCCUGUUAACCUGGAGAGUUUAGGAAUCAGUGUCCAGUAUCUGGGGCUACCUAUCUGAAUUUAUGUUGACAGAUAUCCUGGGUUGAAGGGCAAGAGUUUGGAUCUAUGGCAUCAUAUUCCACACUUUGAAGCUGGGAGUUCCAGAAUUGCUUUGACUAAAUUCAUAUAGCUCUCCACUGUACACAUGGACAAAAGCUAGGAGGUUUGGCAAAUAGAAGUCAAUAAUUGGGUCUUUAUCUUCUCACAUAUUAUGGAGAGCUGCUGUCUGUAGAUCUGGGUAGAAUUUUUUGGCAAGACCGUUUCAUACUGGAUAUUCUUCCCAGGAGUGGCAUCCUCAAAGGGCUUUCAGUCAGUCAAGUGGCCUGAACCUCGGCAGGUUCACCAAGGCAAAGUGAAGCAAUGAGUUGAAGAGUAUCAGAGCCAGAAAAGACCAGUGCCCUCAGUUUACACCUGGAGACAAAGCACAGAAAGGAAAGUAGACUUGUUCAAAGUCCUGAUACAUAGGAAGUCAUAUCAGAGUUUAUUGAAGCCAGAAUGUCCUGAUUCCUGGACCAUGGAUUUCCCCCUGCAUCAUGCUUUUUUUUUUUUUUUUUAAAGCACAGCUAUACAGUAAACUUGAGUCAGUCUUUGGGGUUGGCAUAUGCCAUGGAGUUAGAAUUUUUCACCCAGAUGACUCAUGUUGGCAGUCCAAAGCAUUCUUAUAAUCCCUAUGACUGGUUUAAAACUCAAGUGUGCACAACCCCCCCCCCCCCACACACACACUCACACACACACCAUACCACAUUAAACCCAUGGGCAUAUCGGGAUAUCUUAAGAGUUCAUAAUUUACAUUUCAGUAACUUAAGGGGAGGGCGUUUUCCAGGGAUAGGAUCUCCAGUGUUCAGAUACUGUUCUUGGCUAGAGAAUUUCUUUUAGCUAAACUCUGCCUCAGGAAUAAUUCUUAACAUUCUGAAAUGUAUCUGUUUGUAAUAAAAAUGAUGCUUACUUUCCUCCCUGGAAUGUGGGAGGAGGUGUGCGAGGUUGUACUGUGAAGUCAUUAAGCUCUUAGAAGGCGCCUGCCCAAGAGAGCUCAGUAUUAUUGACAUUCAAUUGAGGCUGGGCUCCUUCCUCAAGGCCUGGGUGAACUGUGUCCUUUUGCUCUGGGCAGGGCCCAGGUAGAUGGGCCAUUACCCAGGCCUCUAAAGCAUACUUGAUUUCUGCAUUGAUUUACAUGCGUUUACUGUGAUCUUGGUUCUGAACUCAGAAUUGUCACCUCGUUCUCACUGAAUGUGCCUAAUCCUUGUAAACUCUAAUUUACAUACUUGUUCUUCGUGUUGUGUGUGUGUGAAACUGUGUUCAAGAUAGAAAUCAUAAGAGUAAGAACAUUUUAAUGCCAUUAAAGAAUUUUUUUUUUUUAAUUUCUAAUAAAUAUUUAUUUUGCCUUGUCAUGGCCAUGUUUUAUCCUUGUGUUAGGUGUGCAGAUGCAAAGACUGACUAGAAAUUCUGGUGUUGCUCAUCAGGAAUGGAUAAAGGGAAGGUGUGUUUUUAGACUUGAAGCACUAUUCUUGGUACCAGCUCAGGGACACAGCCAGCAUGCUGUCAUACAUGUCUGCUCCCUACAGUGCACUCAUGUCCAGUACCCCAUUUGAACCACUCAGCAACUCUAGAUGCAGCCAAUGAGUUGAGUGAAGUGCCUAAGAAAUCAUAGCCAGGAAAUGUUAGAGGUUCAUAUGGCUCCCAUGCAGUGCCUUGUCAUCACUCCCUGCUGGCUGUCAACUUUGUUUACAUGUCAGGCACAGGCUAUAAACUCUUGGCUCUACUUGGAGACCAGAGAUAUAAAUCCCUGUUUUCUACAUCACAGGAGAUGUGAUGAGGCAAUGAGAGAAUGGAUAUGAAAGAACCCAAUCACAUGUAUAUGCAUUCUUUUUAUUCUUUUGAGUUAUUUCAUAAGGAUAGCAAUUCUCAACCUGAGUGUCUUGACACUCUGCUGUGUCUUGAUGAGUUGCAGAACCCACAAAGAAUUUAUCAAUUAGUGAUAUACAGCUUUCCAUUAUUUACUUAAUACAAAAGACUCCUGUAAUAACUGGCUUCACUGGCAUGUGAUUUCUUGAGUGGCAAAGAAAUGAGAGUUGGACAUGAGCCACAUCCUAGCUUAAAUAUGUUUCCAGCCCAUAAUCUUGGAAUGUGCCAUCCACGGGGACAUUCUGGGUGUACUGAUAGCGAAAGAGUGAAACCCCGUACUGUAGGAUCUAUUUCUGGGAACAGUCUGGGUGGACUUAUAGAAAAAGAGUGGAAUCCCUUGUUGUAGGAUUUAUUUCUGGGAGUGGAAUGGAUCAAUGUAUAUGAACAUAUUUAUGGCUCUUGGUACUGAUGAAAAAUCCCCUUCCAAAAGAAUUAUGUCUAUUUUUUCAGCCUUUGAGAUUAUGUUUCACUAUUUAUAAAGCUCUUUCACUCAUGUUGAUUAUCUCAAUAACACAGUUACACAGG